AUGCCCAGGCCUUCUGUUGACCCGUCGGAUCCUCGCAACAGGGCUCUCCAUAGCAACCCGCCCGAUGAGCUUCAUGGCGAAGAAGACAAGAUUGAAAGCCUCAAUGACCAUGGCAAUUUCCACGACCGCCUCUUUGAUAUUCCCAAGCAUGCGAACGCCCUUGGCGGUAUUUCUCCUAAAGAAGACCCCACUCCAACAGAGAACUCGGGCGUCCUCGGUCAGGAUCAGCUAGAAACCGAAGAAUCCCUGAGCUUCCUCAUUGAUGAGCUGGAUGCUGAAGAUGGCAAGGAGCCUGACCCUGAUGCGGCUUCAAUCCAUGCUGGCAAACUUUUCGAGGUCCCUUAUGCUUGGCUUGGUACUAGUCUCGAGGACGGCCUUAACGAUGAAGAGGUGAUUGUUCGACGGAAGAAGUAUGGGUGGAAUGUCAUGAAAGAAGCCAAGAGAAAUCAUUUUCUCAAAUUUCUUUCGUUUUUCAUGGGCCCGGUUCAAUGGGUCAUGGAGGCUGCCGUUAUACUCGCUGGUGGCUUACAGGACUGGAUCGAUUUCGGCAUCAUCUGUGGCCUCCUUGUCCUCAACGCCGCUGUCGGAUUCAUCCAAGAGUACCAUGCAGGCAACAUCGUUGAUGAUCUCAAAAAGACUCUUGCUCUCAGAGCCCAAGUCAUCCGCAAUGGCGCUCCUAAAGAGAUACAUUCAGCGGAAGUUGUUGUCGGUGAUGUCCUUCAAGUGAAAGAUGGCACGAUUAUUCCCGCCGACGGUAGACUUGAAUCGCAAAAUGCUUACCUACAGGUCGACCAGUCUGGUAUCACGGGAGAGUCUCUCGCUGUCGAUAAGCACAGAGGGGAUGUGUGCUAUGCUUCGUCUGCCGUCAAGCGUGGCGCUGGUUUGAUGAUUGUGACUGCCACCGGUGAUCAUACAUACGUCGGAACUGCGGCUGCCCUGGUCAACAAGGCUUCCGGCAGUCCUGGACACUUCACCCAGGUGUUGAACGGGAUGGCGCAUAUCCUUCUGAUCUUUGUGAUUCUCGCACUCCUUGUGAUCUGGAUUGCCAGCUACUAUCGUUCGAACGGCAUUGUGCAGAUCCUAGAGUUUACCCUGGCAAUUACCGUGAUCGGAGUGCCGGUUGGUCUUCCUGUGGUAGUCACCACUACAAUGGCUGUGGGUGCAGCUUACCUAGCCAAUCGCAAGGCAAUUGUGCAAAAGCUGUCAGCUAUUGAGUCGCUAGCCGGUGUUGAAAUCCUUUGUUCUGACAAAACUGGCACAUUGACUCGAAACAAAUUGACCCUAGGGGAGCCAUAUACGGUUCCUGGGAUGACAACGGAGGAGCUCAUGCUGACUGCAUGUCUUGCAGCAACUCGAAAGACUGGCGGAAUCGAUGCCAUCGACAAGGUUUUUCUCAGGGGCCUACGCAACUACCCAUGGGCCAAGUCUCAAGUUCCUACGUACAGGACCAUCGAGUUUACUCCAUUUGAUCCUGUGUCAAAAAAGGUUACUGCACUUGUGGAGAAUCAUGACGGAGAGCGAAUGAUCUGUGUCAAAGGAGCACCAAUGACGAUCCUGCGAACUGUGCAGGCAGAGAGCACCUUAUGUGAGCCUUUCGUGGAUGAGUACAUGGCCAAAGUCACAGAAUUUGCCGAUCGAGGAUUUCGUGCUCUCGGUGUUGCCCGCAAGCGUACCUCGAAGAACUGGGAGAUUCUAGGGAUCAUGCCCUGCUCUGACCCCCCUCGCCAUGACACUGCUAAAACGAUCGCUGAAGCCCAAGGUCUGGGUCUCUCCAUGAAGAUGCUCACCGGAGAUGCAGUCGGCAUUGCUCGUGAAACAGCUCGCCAACUUGGUCUGGGAACCAACAUCUACAAUGCUGAGCGUCUUGGAGUCACUGGCGCUGGCGAGAUGCCCGGUUCCGAGGUCAACGACUUUGUUGAAGCUGCGGACGGAUUUGCAGAAGUGUUCCCUCAACACAAAUAUAGUGUGGUGGAAAUUCUUCAGCGGCGUGGAUACCUCGUGGCGAUGACCGGUGACGGUGUGAACGAUGCUGCUUCGCUCAAGAAAGCAGACACGGGUAUUGCUGUCGAAGGUGCCUCUGACGCGGCGCGCUCCGCUGCUGACAUUGUUUUCUUGGCUCCUGGUCUGUCCGCGAUCAUUGAUGCAAUCAAGACUUCUCGUCAAAUCUUUCACCGAAUGUACGCAUAUGUCGUUUAUCGCAUUGCCUUGUCAAUCCACCUGGAGCUUUUUCUGGGACUCUGGAUGGUGAUCAUGAAUGAGACUCUCGAUCUGCGCUUGAUUGUUCUUCUCGCCAUCUUUGCAGACAUUGCGACGUUGGCCAUUGCAUAUGACAAUGCCUCCUAUUCCCAGCUCCCAGUCAAAUGGAAUCAGCCAAAGUUGUGGGGAGAAUCAAUUAUUCUCGGAAUGAUACUUGCCGCCGGAACCUGGGUAACGCUAGGUACCAUGUUGCUGCAAGGUGAGGAGGGUGGUGUGAUUCAAGGCUGGGGCUCGCGAGAUGAAGUCCUCUUCCUGGAGAUAACCCUGACCCAAAGCUGGCUGAUCCUAGUCACUCGCAUUACUGGGUCGAUGUUCAGCAAUCGACCCUCGGCUCUUCUAGCUGGUGCUGUGCUGGUUGUUGAUGUGACUGGGUCUCUGAUGGCUCGCUUCGGCGCUUUCGGCACACCAACAUCGGCAUUGACUAUUCUCAGAGUCUGGAUCCUGGCCUUCGGGGUGGCCUGUGUGAACGCGAUGGUGUAUAUCCUGCUGCACAACUCUGAAGGAUUUGACAAUCUCAUGCACGGCCGCAGUCUCCGCAACAAGGGGAAAGAUCGUUCCUGGGAGGACUUUGGCCUUGCCAUGCAACGUAUGGCCGCCCAGCAUGAAAGAACCAAUUGA